UCUUCACCCAGUAUCGCACUGGAGGCGUACGCCAUCAAGGCCGCGGGCUUCACCGGGAUGACCUGCUCCGUCUUCCAGAAGGUGGGGACCCCUGACCGCACGGGCCUCUCGGACUACGGCCGCCGGGAUCCGGACGGGAGCCUGGAUAAGCAGCUGAGCUUCAAGUGCAACGUCUCGAACACCUUCUCCAGCCUGGCGCUGAAGAACACGGUUGUGGAGGCUUCCAUCCAGCUGCCCCCCUCGCUUUUCUCACCGAAGCCAAAGAGAGAAGCCCGGGCGGCCGAGGACUCCCUGUACAAGCUCCAGCUCCUCGCCUUCCGCAACGGCAAGCUCUUCCCGGCCACGGGCAACUCCACGCACCUGGCCGACGACGGCAAGCGCCGGACCGUGGGCACCCCCGUGGUCCUCGCCAAACUAGAUGGUGCCAGUGCCGACGCCCAGCAGGUCCCCGUGAACGUCACCCUGCGCCGCCUCGCACACGGAGCAGACGCCGUCGCGGCCCAGUGGGACUUCGAGUUGCUCAAUGGGCAGGGCGGCUGGAAGUCCGAUGGGUGCCGCAUCCUCCACGCGGACGAGAACGUCACCGCCAUCCAGUGCUCCUCCCUGGGCAACUAUGCGGUUUUAAUGGACUUGUCGGGAUCUGAGCUCUACACACCGGCAGCCGGCCUCCUGCACCCCGUUGUCUAUACGGCCGCCGUCUUCCUUCUGCUGUGCCUCCUGGUCAUCAUCGUCAGUUACAUCUAUCAUCGCAGCUUGAUUAGAAUCAGUCUGAAGAGCUGGCACAUGCUUGUGAACUUGUGUUUUCAUCUUUUCCUGACCUGCGUGGUCUUUGUGGGAGGCAUCACUCAAACCAGAAACGCCAGCGUCUGCCAAGCGGUCGGAAUCAUUCUUCAUUAUUCCACUCUUGCCACAGUGCUCUGGGUGGGAGUGACCGCUCGGAAUAUCUAUAAACAAGUCACGAAGAAGGCGAAACGAUGCCAAGACCCCGAUGAGCCGCCCCCUCCUCCAAGACCAAUGCUCAGGUUUUACCUGAUUGGCGGCGGCAUCCCCAUCAUAGUCUGCGGGAUCACGGCAGCAGCAAACAUCAAGAAUUAUGGCAGCCGGCCAAAUGCGCCCUAUUGCUGGAUGGCGUGGGAACCCUCCCUGGGAGCCUUCUACGGCCCGGCCAGCUUCAUCACAUUCGUGAACUGCGUGUACUUUCUGAGCAUAUUUAUUCAGCUGAAACGACACCCCGAGCGCAGAUACGAGCUGAAGGAGCCCACGGAGGAGCAGCAGAGGCUGGCGGCCAACGAACAUGGAGACGUGGCUCAGCAGGACUCCAUGUCCCUGUCACUGAUUUCCACGUCCGCCCUGGAGAAUGAGCACACGUUCCAGGCCCAGCUUUCGGGGGCCAGCCUCACGCUGCUCCUCUACGUCACCCUGUGGAUGUUCGGCGCCCUGGCCGUGUCCCUGUAUUACCCCUUGGACUUGGUGUUCAGCUUCUUUUUCGGGGCCACGUGCCUAAGCUUCAGUGCCUUCCUCCUGGUGCACCACUGCCUGAACCGGGAGGACGUUCGGCUUGCCUGGAUCAUGACCUGCUGCCCGGGCAGGAGCGCGUACUCCGUCCAAGUCAACGCGCAGCCUCCGAGCUCCAGCGGGACCAACGGGGAGGCGGCCAAGUGCACCAACAGCAGCGCGGAGUCGUCCUGCACCAACAAGAGCACGUCGAGCUUCAAGAACUCCUCCCAGGGCUGCAAGCUGACCAACCUGCAGGCGGCCGCAGCCCAGUGCCACGCCAACCCCCUCCCUCUGAACUCCGCGCCGCAGCCGGACAACAGCCUGACCGAGCACUCGGUGGACAACGACAUCAAGAUGCACGUGGCGCCCCUGGAGGUCCAGUUUCGGACCAACGUGCACCCGAGUCGCCACCACAAGAACAGGAGCAAAGGCCACCGGGCCAGCCGGCUGACGGUGCUGCGCGAGUACGCCUACGACGUCCCGACGAGCGUGGAGGGCAGCGUGCAGAACGGCCUGGCCAAGAGCCGCCCGGGUAGCGACGGGCACUCGCGGAGCCGGAGGGCCUACCUGGCCUACAGGGAGAGGCAGCACAACCCGCCCCAGCACGACAGCAGCGACGCGGGCAGCUCGCUGCCCAAGAGCGGCCGCACCGGCGGCGGCGAGAAGCCCGCGCCGGCGGGCGCCAAGCGGGACGCGUUCCGGAAGCCCGGGGUCGCCGAACUGGGCGGUCAGCAGAAGUCCUACGGCCUCAACUUGGCCGUUCAGAAUGGACCCGUUAAAGGCCCAGGGCAGGACGGGCCCCUGCCCAGCGCGGACAGCACGGGCAACGUGAGGACUGGGCUGUGGAAGCACGAAACCACCGUGUAGCCCGGCGGGCGGGCGGGCGGCGACCUUGGUGGGAACUCCCAGGCGCUGGGCCAGGCACACGCCCCUCUCAGCAAAACGCCUGCACACAGACCCCUGGAUGCAGGAGAAGCAACUGCUACGUUUUGGAUUUUACUGAUUUUUAUACUCUCACAGCCCCACCCCCCCACCCCC